UGUUCUUUCAAAGUUGAAUUGACUAUAUUAGUUCACAAAUUUGCUAUCUUACAAGGAGUCUUAGUUUUACGUUUUUAACCGAACGGAUGAAGUAAACAGUGACCACCACAAACCUCAACCAAAAUGCCUUUCGAACAGACAGUAGCGGGCGGAAUGCCCGUUGCGAGUGGCUCGGUAGGUGGACCGAAUUUAUCUAAUUUUGUCUACAUCUACGAUAUUCCACGAAUGACUCGCAAAAGGCUGGCUGCUCUGCUGGAUCCCAACAACAAGUGGUACGACCUUGGCACCAAACAGAUGAGCUUCACGACCGAAGUGUUAGACGGCGUGCAGAGAUGCUGCUCGCGCAACAAUCGUUCACCGGCCGAAGAUUUGCUGGAAAAGUGGGGCAACUACAACCACACCAUAACGGAGUUGUUUGUGGUGCUCUCGCGCGAAAAGCUGUACGACUGCAUGGAACUGAUCAAACGGUACGUUGACCCGCGAUACCACGUGCUCAUAAAGCAGUCCAGUGGCGGUGUCCGUGGUCCAAUAGGACAGUUGGGAACGUUCAGUGGAGCAGAUGCGAACAAUAAUGCUAAACUGAUGAACCGAGGCGGUCAGCCAGCAAUGAACGGUCAGGCUUUGGUAGCAGAAGGUGCUGCCGCUAAGGACGUGCUGCCUGCGAAUGGUAACGGGGCGACGACAUCGAAAGAGAAUUCACCCUUCGCCAACGAGUUGACUGAUUUGACGAGUUUGAUUCCGAAGAUCAGUUACGAAGAACUGACGAUCGCCACGGAUAACUGGAGCGAGCGCAACAUACUGGGCAAGGGUGGCUUUGGUACGGUGUACCGAGGGGUGUUUAAACACACGUUCAUGGCGAUCAAGAAGAUCGACUACAACAAAGUAAAGACGAGCGAAGCGGAACGCAUUCAGCUGCAGCAAAGCUUCAACGAGUUGCGAUAUCUGAACUCCUGCCGGCACGACAAUAUUGUGGCUCUCUAUGGAUACAAUAUCGACAAAGAACCAUGCCUGGUCUACCAGUUCAUGCCCGGAGGUUCGCUGGACAAGUGUCUUUUCGCACGCCGCCCUCCUUCUCCGCUGACAUGGAAAGAACGGAUGAAUAUUGCACGCGGAACGGCCAAAGGUCUCCAGUAUCUGCACACGUUCAGCGAUAAACCGUUCAUUCAUGGUGACAUUAAACCGGGAAACAUUCUGCUCAACGAGUACAAACAGCCACGGAUCGGUGAUUUCGGACUGACACGCCAAGGAGCUGAGCAGAACUCGGCCAUGGUAGUAUCGCGGGUUUACGGUACGCGGCCCUACAUUCCCAAGGAGUUCUACGACCGGAAGGAGCUGAGCACCAAGGUUGACACGUACAGCUUCGGGGUGGUGCUGUACGAAAUGGGGACGGGCCUGAGGGCCUGGGACGAACGGCGCACGGACAAGCAUCUGAAGGACUACAUAGCACGGGCAGUACACGACAACAUGCUCGUGGCGGAGCUUAGGGAUAAGGCCGUCUCAAACGAUCCGGACGGUGAUCGGUGCUGCUACAAUCUGCUCAUGGUAGGCCAUCUCUGUACGGCCGACGAUCCCAACAAGCGGCCCGACAUGGUAACGGUCAUGUGGCAGCUGGACAAGUUGUAACAUUCCGCGGCAACGGACAACCUAACCAGUUACUGGUUUUGUGAUCGACGUUCCACGAUGUGCCUUUAAAAUUAAUACUCUACACGAUAUUUACGAGAAUUGAGAAUUACACAUUGCGACAAUUUGAGGUAGUUAAGCUUAAUGUGCAAUAAUAAAAAACUUUUAAAGUAUGCCAAUAGAUGAGUUAGAGAGAAACGAUGGUGUUCAGGAAUGGUUACCGAGCACAGCAGCCGCAAAUUUAAACCAGUGUUUAGUGAAUAUAGGUCCUAUUUAUUUUUUAUUUGCCUUUCGCUCAGUCGUAAACCCCCUUAAUACUUUGCACGUCUUUAUUCAUUGGUUUCAAUUUAUACAAUAUUGGUUCGUGCACCCAUUUCGCUUCGCAAAAAACGCUCCUUGAUGUGCCGGAUAUGCGUACAGAGAAAUACGGUUCAUGAAUGGCCGCAACACAACUAUUCCACUACUGCAACCUGAAACGCUAGAUACCGAACGUCUAUUUGCUUGCUGCUUGUUGGUUGGUUGUUGUGGAGAACGAAGCUCAAUGAGGGCGAAUAGAGGUCCUGUUUUCGUUAACUGGCAAACCCAGGUGCACCGACUCGUUUGUUGAAUAA